GUUGGCUCUAGCAAGCCCCUCGCUCCCGCGCUCCCGCAGGAGGUCGAGGAGACCGUCGUGGACUGGGCAGACGCCGCUGUGGAGGGCGCGGAGGCGCCGGGCUCCCCGGGCUCGGCGGCGCCGCCCGAGGAUGACGGCAAGGGCUCUGGCGAGGAUUGCUCAGACGACUCGCCGGAGCACGACGUCGACGACGACAUCGACAUGCAGGUGCAGAACAGGAUAUCGAAAGCGUCCGACGCCUUCGUGGCGACCCUGGACCUCAGCGCCACCACCCAGGGCAUGGCGACGCUGGGAAGCCUCGGGGCGUGGGAGGACGGGGGCGACGGCGGCGACGGCGCGUGGGAGGACGGCAGCGCCACGGCCUCGGUGCCGUGGUACUUCCAGAACGCGGCGGGGCACAUCUGGUGGUGCGUCGCGUACCGGGGCCGGCUCACCUGGCGCCACGACAGCCAGGCCCGCG